AUGCAGCUUCGGAACCCUAAGGAAGUUACUACUGAGGAAUAUAAUGAGUUUUACAAGAAGACAUUUAAUGAAUACUUGGAGCCUUUAGCAUCUUCACAUUUCACAACAGAGCAUGUUGUUUAUGACAAUUAUUUGCCGACAGGUUUUGUAAAUGGGGCUUUACAUUGGGUUGCAUCUAAUGGUGGUGACAGGAAUAGUUUUCGAAGUUUGAUUGUGGCAUUUGAUAUGGGUGGUGAGGUGUUUAGGGACAUAAUGAUGCCUCAAGCUGUAGCUAAUAAAGAUGUAACUAAUUUGGCUGUGAUGGUAAUGGGCACAUCGCUUGCUCUGGUUGAGUAUCAAAGGUUUUGGCAAAGUGAAUAUUGUUGGGUGUGGGAGAUGAAAGAGUAUGGUGAAGCGGAAUCAUGGUCUAGACUAUACAAUAUUGAUAUGCGAGAACGGAUAAGGAAUGUUGUGGGACUUAGGAAGAACAAUGAAGUAUUUCUAACGGCAAGAGUGAAAGGGUUGGUUUCAUAUGACCCCAUUACAAAAGAGAUUAAAUGUCUUGGAAUCCAUGGCACUAAUCGCGGGUUUUACGCUAAUACUCAUGUGGAGACCUUAGUUUUACUCAAGGGAGUGUGUGGAGUCUUGGGCCAGGCAAGUUCUAGUAAUGCUAUGGCUGACGAGGGAGAUCCACUUUAG